ACACAAUCAGCCCUUUGUAGCAGCCCUGGCCUCUCCCCUCCACGGGGGAGCGGCUCAGGAGCCCCUGUGCAGAAUGGAUGUUUGUGUCGCCACAGUGGGGCAGGGGGCAGAGUUUCUGCCCAUUGAAUCCCAGCAGCACGGGAUGAAAAGAAAACAGGGCCCAGGAGCCCGCGCGGGGAGGGGGCGGCAUAAAGGUCCCUCUGUUCCGGGCCCUGGCGCUUGGUUCCCAGCCAGCAACUCGAAAGGAGAGGAGCCGUGCACAUAAGGAGCAAGACAGACCCACCUUUCCUGCCUGGGAGAUGCUCUCGGCGUGCAGGGAGCCCUGGCUGCUGGAGGAUCUCGCCGAAUACUGAGGUCACAUUCCACCUCCCCCCCAAGUUUUGGCAAUGGGGACAUCCUUCCAGCUCCAAGGCAAAGAGCCUGCCAAGUGCUCCUCAAGCUGCUUGCAGGACACUGAUGGCGAACCCUUUGUUGAACGUUGAACUUGUGGGAACUACUUCGAAUGCCGUGUUGUGAACUUCCCAACUCAUCCCAAUUCAGCCAGGAGGGAGAUGGGUGUGAGCUUUAAUUUAUAGUUGAAGACAGUCAGGAUUAGAGAGGUGGGGUCACACAGCUCGCCGAUGGCAGAGUUGAGGCUUGGGCACGUACUGAUCUCUCUCCAAAGCCCCUGCGCUGAACCAUUAUGCAAUGGGGCCAUUUAUGUGAGCAAAAAGAACUAGAGCAAAGACACCCCCGUCCCUGCCCCAUUCCACCAGCCCGUCCUGCUGCCCAGAGGAGAGCCACUCGAGGGAGGAGUAGUCCAUUCCCUUCUCUCUGGGAUAUCAAGGGGAUCCUUCUCCAGGGGUGUCUCUGGGAGGAGGGACAGAGGUCUCCCCUCCUUGUCUUCGUUGGCACCUAGGAUUGGGUCUGUAGGACUGGAACCACAGAAUUACCUUGGAAGUGAAGAGACUAAAGAUUUUCAAAUCACUCACUCAUUGGACCUCUAAAUGAGCACUAUGUGCUGACCCCACUGCAGGCCUGGAGGUGCGACAGGGCACACGCAGAGACGCCUGCCCAAAGGAGGUUGUGUGCUAGCAGGGGAGGAGUGGGGAAGAGAAAGGUACUGCAGAGCACACAGAUGAUGCAGGGGUGACCUGCCCAGGGCCACAUGCUGCCCUUGUCAGAGGAUUCCAAGCUCAUGGCUCUGCAUAUGUUCCCUCACUGUUGGAGAUUCCCUGGAUCCUUUGAUCAGAGAGGCUUAACUCAAGAGAAGUACAUGGAGUUUGACCUGAAUAAUGAGGGCGAGAUUGAUGAGGAAGCUGAGGCUCAGCAGGACCUGAUGUCUUUAAAGAGGAUGAUGGAGAAGCUUGGAGUCCCCAAGACCCACCUGGAGAUGAAAAAGAUGAUCUCGGAGGUGACAGGUGGGGUCAGUGAUACCAUCUCCUACCGAGACUUUGUGAACAUGAUGCUGGGGAAGCGGUCGGCUGUCCUCAAGCUAGUCAUGAUGUUUGAAGGAAAAGCCAACGAGAGCAGCCCCAAGCCAGUUGGCCCCCCUCCAGAGAGAGACAUUGCCAGCUUGCCCUGAGGACCCCCGUCUGGACCUGCCCCCGUUCCUCCCUCCUGAUCUUGCUGACCUUGAUUCAUUGUGAUUUGUCUUAUUUGUUUGGUCAUCGUGCGUCUGUUUAGUUUUCAAUCAGCAGAAUCAGUGAUCUCUUUGUAAAGCACAAAUUUUCUGCCUUAAAGGGGCUCUGGGCCAGGGAAUUCUGAGCCUUGGGGACCCUCCCUCUUUUCUCUUCCCUCUUUCCCCCUUCCCUGUACAGAAGGGCUGACGUCAAACCAAAAACUGAAGGGAGCAGCCAGGACGGGGAGGCUGGAAGAUGGUGAGCCUCAUGCUCGGCACUGGCACAGUCCGUCCUUCCAGGGUCCCCGAGCUAAGUCCAGGCUCGCUGGCCUGGCCCUGGUGAGAACCACAGCCCACUUGCAGAAGAUCCUGGAAUGGGAACUAGGGUUUCCUCUUGGGCUGUCUAGGGCGUGGCCACUCACCCUCCUCCCCCAGUCCCCACUUCUUAUCCUCACGGAGGUGACAGAAGCAGAGGAGAGGGGCUUGGUAGUCUGAGCCAUUCAGGAAGGUUCCAGAAGAAAUCCUCUGGCUUUGGCUGCAGCCACAUCUUUAUAGGCAGCUCGGAGGGAAAGUGUAGCACCCCUGUCCUUUGCUGGGGCAGCAAAGGGCUUUGGGGGUAGAAGGGAGGCCAGGGGCCUUGGGAGGGGCAUCUGUUUGGUCUGGUGCCACCUUUCGGGGUGGGGGGGAUGCUGAGGAUAACAGGAUAAGAGAAGGAGGCAUAGAAUGCCCAUGGCAAAAAGUCAGCACCACUAAUUAGCCAAGAGCUGAGAAAUAGGUUGCCUUUCCGACCCCAAUCUGCUUGAAAGCUGACUGUGCCCCACCCCAUUUGCCUUCCCAUAUUACUCCAUUCAUUUAUUCAUUCAGUCACUCACUCGCUCACUCAGUCAUUCAACAGGUACUGACCACCUAUUAUAAGCUUUAAGUCCCCCCACUUUGUCCUGACAUGUGCUUUGCCCUCUAACCCAUCUCUCCAUUUCCAAUCACCUAAAACCUUGCCCUUGGGAAUUGCAUUGGGGUCCCUUAUAGUGGACUCCCAAGGUUCGAGAGCCCUGAUCCACUCUGUAGGUUAGCUGGACGGGUCCUCUUAUUUCACAGGUGAGAAAACUGUAGUGCUCACAGGGAUUAAGUGCCUUGCCAGGGGGUUAGUUGGGAGACGGAAAUUUGGACUGGAACCCAGGGGUUCAGAUGCCGUGCCCAUGCCUCAUCUCUGCUCUGGGCUGGCUCAGUGUUGAAAACGAGGGAAGGGACGGGGAGGGGUAAUUCCUAGGUCGAUACUUGGGGGAGGCCCUGGGCCAGGACUCACCCUUCCCAGGACCUCCACGUCAGCACCAGGGCUUGGGUAAGGGCCAGGCUGCCUCGGCCGUUCUGCCCUCCCUAGAGCUGCUCCGCCAGGCCACUUCCCAGGAACUCACACAGGAAGGUGUCACACUCAGCCCCUCCUUGGCUGAGCAGAGACCCCAGCCUUGGCCCCAUCUGGUUCUGGUGUCCCUUACCCUGCCCACUCAGGACUUAGUUAGAUGCGCUCAUCCAUUGAUUAUAUUCAUUAGGCUAUGGGCCAAGAGCGAAGAACCAGGUAGUGAACUGGACAGACUCCUAGAGUUUUCAUCUAGUGGGGGAAGUCAGAACCAGAGAACCACCAGUGAGAUGAAUGUUAAGAAAGAGGGGACUGCGGGGGUGACUGCACUGCAAGACUGAGCAAGAGUCUUGGAGAAGCCCUUGCCAAACAUCUGGGUGCUGCUGGAGGUGGGAGUCAGUGUGGGCUCCCCGAGGCUCCUUAGUGACUCGUAAUCAAGGGCCCAAGGAGUUGCCCUUGCAGCAGCUUGAGGAGUGAAGAAGGUAGGUGGAUGAGGAAAUGCCCAGGAUUAAUCGUGGAUAAUCCUGGUUAACCACCAGGUUAAUCUGGUCUCAACCAGUUGAGAAACAAGAUUAUUUGGCUAUGACUGGCUGAUCUUUAGCCCAAGGAGCUGCUUCAAAUGCACAAGCCUAGUUGAAGUUUAAACCCCAGCAAAACAGUUCUCCCUGUAAAUGUAAAACUCACCCCACCACCCCCACUGUCUCCCUCUCCCCCCGGAUCGUUAGAGAAACAACUGCCUGUCCCUACCCCUUCCCCCUGGCCUCCUUCUCUGGGACAGGCUGAGACCUUUGAGCAAGGUAAUACCUUCCUUCACUAUCCAUUAUAGUCCGUGUACCUGUUCCUCACUCAGGGAUGAGGGCAGAAGCAACCGGGCUUGUUUCAGCAGGUCCCACAGUUAACAAGACUGUAGGAAGCCUUCUUUGAGGGAGGGACACGAGUGGGUGUGUCCCCAGCUGCUGGAGAGGGCAGGAAAGACCGUUCUCCAUUGGAUGAGGAGUGUCCUGGGAAACAUCACCAGUUCCUCCACCAUUUAUUAGCACUCAAUUCCUGGUGGGAGAGGGGCUUAAAAGUGGUCCCUGGAAAGGAGGGUCUGCAUAGAUUUCAGAUCGUGGCUAUCGGCUCUCGGACUUACUGCUCUGGCCAAGGGCUCAGCUUCUUAGAACUUCAGCUUGUCUUCUUUCUGAAAGAACCAAAUCUGACUAACGCAACCAGCAACGCGGGGACCGUCAAGUAUGGCUUUGUCCCUAGACUCAAAAGGAAGUUUGCCGGGCACGUUCAGGUGGAUGAAGUAUGUGAGCGUGUGUGUGCAUGUGAGUGCAUGUGGCACCGGGUGUCAUCUCUACAGACUAGAAAUAAAACAGACAAACUUA